AUGGCUAGGAACAGCCUUCAGAUGGCUGCCCUGGUGGCCCUCAGGCCUCUGCCCAGGCUGUGGCCUCUACUUGGAACUCCUUUCCUUCCUCCCGCCCUCCCCUUCAGUGCCUCUUCCUCUGGGAAGCCCUCCCUGAUGCCCAGCAGGUCCUCUCCUGCCGCCCCUGGGAACCGCAUGCCUGGCCCGGAGCGCCUCAGGAAGCGAGACAUCCAGGUCCCCAACGUGCGGCCUGCCCUGUGGCCUGGGAGCCAGGAGGAGCCUAGACUUUGCUGCACCCUCCUCAGAAAGCUUCAGAGUUUGCCUGCCCAGCCCUGGCCCUGGCCCUGGCCCUGCGCUUUGUGGGUGGCGCGUGGAGCUGCUACUGGGCGGUAG